GAUUUUGAAAGUAGGGUUAAAUAGGCGGGAGGAGAUUUGGGGAAAAUGGUGAGAAGAGAGAGAGAGAUGGCAAAGAGAGAGAAAGAGGAGGAAAAAGAGAAGAAGCAGAGGUAUCUCUUGAAAACGGAACCGUCGGAGUGGUCGUGGGAGGACCAGGCGGCGAACGGAGGCAUAAGCAAUUGGGAUGGGGUAAAGAACAAGCAGGCCCAGAAAUAUCUGAAGUCCAUGUCCAUCGGCGACCUCUGCUUCUUCUACCACUCUGGUUCCAAGGCCCGCCGUAUCGUCGGCGUUGUCUCGGUGGUCCGCGAGUGGGACGGCGAUGCAGUGGACGUGAAGGCCGUUGGAGAGAUGAGGAGGCCGGUGGACUUGAAGGAGAUGAAGCAUUUCAAGGAUUUUGCUCUCCUCAGACAACCUCGGCUUUCUGUUGUCCCUGUUCCCGACCUCAUUUGGGACCAAAUCUGUCUGUUGGGAGGCGGCUACCACGGCGACUCCCACGGUGACUCUUCUCCCUGAUUUCACGACUCUCACAUUGUAAUUGCAACCCUAACCCUAAUCUUCACCGCCACCACCGUCACUGGGUAAAGUGUCUUUUCGUCUCCUCAAUCUCAGAGAUGAGACGUGUGGGCUUCUGCCUAUUCAUGUUGGGCCUCUCUACCUGUAUCUGGGCCAUUGUCCUUCAAGAAACGAUCAUCCUUUUUUUAAAAAAAAAAAAUAUGUAUUUCAACCUAAAAAAUAU